GUUUUCAAAGUGUUGUUCUUUAUUUACUGUCUUGAUUUUAGAGUUUUUAAAAUACUGAUAGCCAGAUUGUAUUCAUUUUCAUGGUUUCCUCCUUUCUGUUGAAAUUGUCCACAUGCUUGUGGAUUUCAGUGGCUUCUCUGUAGUCUGGCAUGAUGGAUGUUAGAGUGGUCCAGCAUUUCUGUGUCCAGGUUGGGUCAUCAAGUGCUCUGCUGUGGCUGCCUUCUCUGGUUGGAUUAGUCUGCGGUGCCUUUCAUGUUUCUUGAUUCGUGUUUGGGCAAUGCUGCUGCGUUUGGUGGUCCCUAUGUUCCAAGCUGGCCACUUGCAACAUUCACACUUGCCUCCAACAGACAAAGAGUUUUUUCUCCACCCUGGACCUUCCACAGAUAUAUUUAACCUCUCUUGCUUAGUUUCCAAUAUAACUCACAACCUCUGAGGAUGCUUGCCAUAAAUGUGGGUGAAAUGUUAAAAGAGAAUCCUUCUGGAACAUGGCCAUACAGCCCGGAAAACUCACAGCAACCCAGUGAUUCUGCCCAUGAAAGCCUUCGACAACACAUCUUCUCUCCCUCCUUAAUUUCUUCCUUCCUGAUUUUCCCAUCUGCCUGCUUCCCUCCCUCCCUCCCUUCCUAACUUUCUUUUCCCCUGGCUUUCUCCUUUUCCUCCCUUCCGUCAGUUCAUUGUUCCUUUCCUGCUACAUGUCUCUUCUUGCUUGCUUCCUUUCUUUCAUCCUGGCCUUCCUUCCUUUUCUCCCUCCGUCUAGUUUUCCCAUUUUUUGCCUGUCUCCCUUUCUUCUUAACUUUCUCUUCCCCUGGCUUUCUCUCCUUCCUUCCUUCCCACCUGAUUUUUUCUUUCCUCCAGGUAUCCUUCCUUCAUAUUGUUGAACACUUUCAUGGUCAGAAUCACUGGGCUGCUUUGAGUUUUCCGGGCUGUCUGCCCAUGUUCCAGAAGCAUUCUAUCCUGACAUUUUGCCCACAUCUAUGACCGGCAUCCUCAGAGGUUGUGAGGUCUGUUGGAAACUAGGCAAGUGGGAUUUAUAUGCAUUUUUGGAAUGUUCAGCCCAAAAAACUUACAGCAACCUUUCUUUCUGUGUUUUCUCUUGUCUGGAUCUACACUGCCCUAUAUCCUAGGAUCUGGCCUCAGACUGUCUGGCAGGGGAGACUCAUGUAAUCCAUUUCAAAGCAGAGAAUCUGGGAUCAGAUCCUGGGAUAUAGGGCAGUGUAGAGCCAGUCUGUCUUCCCUUCUGGCUUUCCUUCCUUCUCUCCUGCCAGUCUCUUACUCUGUCCUUCGGGCUUGCAUGCUUCCUUUCUUCCUUCUGGUUUUCUCGCUCUCUUUUCUCCUGCCUUCCUGCUUGCCUACCUUCUAUUUCUCUUUCCUCCAGGCUUCCUUGUUUGCAUGCUUCCUUUUCUUCCUUGUCGUUUUCACUCUUCUUUCUUCCUCCUAGCUUUCUCCUGCUUGCCUUCCUUUCUCUAUAUGUAUUGUCAAAGGCUUCUGUGGCCGGAAUCAGGGGGUUGCUGUGAGUUUUCCAGGCUAUAUGGCCAUAUUCCAGAAACGUUCUCACCUGGCAUUUUGCCCACAUCUAUGGCCGGCAUCCCCAGAGGUUGUGAGGUCUGUUGGAAACUAGGCAAGUGAGGUUUAUAUAUCUGUGGAAUGUACAGGGUGGGAGAAUGAACUCUUGUCUGCCUGAGGCAAGUGUUAAUGUUGCAAUUGAUCACCUUGAUUAACAUUGAAUAGCCUUUCAGCUUCAAGGUCUGGCUGUUUCCUGCCUGGGGGAAUCCUUUGUUGGCAGGUGUUAACUGGCCCUGAUUGUUUCCUUUCUGGAAUUCCCCUGUCUCCUGAGUUGUUCUUUAUUUACUCUCCUGAUUUUAGAGAUUUUUAAUACUGGUAGCCUGGUUUUGUUUGUUUCAAGUUUUUUUUUCUUUUUUGUUAAAAUUGUCCACAUGCUUGUGGAUUUCAGUGGCUUCUCUGUGUAUUCUGACAUGGAGGUUGUUAGAGUGGUAAUUGUCAGAGUGGAGAAAAUGAUUCUUUCCCCCACUCUGGACCUUCCACAGAUAUAUCAACCCCACUUGCUUUGUUUCCAACAGACCUCUCAACCUCUGAGGAUGCCUGCCAUAGAUGGGCGAAAUGUCAGGAGGGAAUGCUUCUGCAACAAGGCCAUACAUCCUGGAAAACUCACAGCAACCCAGUUUCUCUCUCUCUCUCUCUUUCCUCCCGGCUUUCACUCCUUCUUUCCGGUGUGACUUUCUAUCCCUGUCUCCUCCUGGCUUGCUUGCUUUCCUUAUUACUAUUGUGGUUAUUAUUAUUGUUGUUGUUAUUUUGGAGCUCCUGGUGGCACAGUGGGCUAAGCCGCUGAGCUGCUGAACUUGCUGACUGAAAGGUUGGCAGUUUGAAUCCGGGGAUUGGGGUGUUAGCUCCAGCUUCUGCCAACUUAGCAGUUUGAAAACAUGCAAAUACUCGCCUGGUCCCGCCCUCCCUUCCGGGCGGCGUCCUUGAUGGGCAACCAACUGGACCGCAUCACCCACUUGAACUACAGCGAGCUGCCAACAGGGGACCCUUCGGGCAUCGAGCAGGACGAGCUCCGUGUGGGCGUGGCCUACUUCUUCUCGGAUGAGGAGGAGGUGGACCUGGACGAGCGCGGUGGAGGGGGCGGUGUGGGAGUCCCACCCGAGGCCACCAAGUACAGCGGUGGGAGAGGUGCCGGAAGCCCCGCCCCGGAGACCCCCAUUCAUCAUCACCAUCACCAUUUCCAUCACCUCCACGAUCCAGGAACUCCCCCGCCACCGCUGCUGCUGAGUGAGCCCCAGUUUCGCGCCUUCCGCGGCCCGGAAUGCAUCUUCUCCAAGGGCAGUGGCGGGGCGCUGGGUGUGUACCCGGCGGCGGCACUGCCAGCACUGUGCCAGGCGGGGGACCUGCUAGAGCUGCUGGACCUGGGGGGCACGGACCCUCCGGCCUGGCCGCCACGCUGGGCUGUCUACGUGGGCGGUGGGCAGGUGGUGCAACUCCGCGGGGGGCAAAUCCGGCAGGAGGGGCUGCGCGAGGCCGGGGGCGGGCUGGCAGGGCGUGUGGUGAGUGACUGGUAUCGCUUUCGUCCACUGGUGGCCGAGCUGGUAGUGCAGAACGCACGUGGGCACCUGGGCCUCAAGAGCCCUGAGAUCUGCUGGACGAACUCGGAGAGCUUCGCCGCCUGGUGCCGCUUUGGCAAGCGGGAGUUCAAGGCCGGUGGGGAGGGGGCCAGCGGGGCGGGCGACCCCAGGCAGCAGUACUAUCUUCAGAGCCGCCUGGCCGAUGGGGAGGCCCACACGGCCCGCUUCCACAGCCUGGAGGAGCUCAUCCGCGAGAAGCGGCGCCUCGAUGCCUCUGCCCGGCUCAGGGCCCUCAAGGGGCUGGCCAUCGGUGAUGGCAAAGAAUAAUCAUAAUCAGCACCAUCGUGGUGAUGAUGAUACAAUCCAAAAAGAUGGGUGGAACGACCCCGACUACUGAGGCCUGCAGCACUGUCGACUUGGGUCACCCUUUCCUGCCAUUGGAGGGGAACACCACAGCAUCAUUGGCCGCCAUGGCAACCUGGUGGGGCCCUCCCAGCCCCUGCCUCACUUUGGCCUGCGCUGACAGUAGAUACAAAGUGGGAAUAGGAGCCCAGGACUGAGAAGAGCGAGGAGCAUAAAGGGAGGAAGGAAGGAAGAUGAGGAAAGUGUGGUUAGCAAAACCUGUGGACAUUCAGGUCCCUUCUGGCUAUUAGUGUUGAUCGUACCUCCUUCCUUCCUAGCUUGUGCUUAAUAAAAAAAAAACAAUCCAA